UUCUGACAGUUGAACAUUGUAUGCGUGUUGAAAGUCACGUAUCUGCUAUCGCGUGCUUCCCAGGCCCCUGGGUUCACUAUCCACUUCCGGAUUCGAGAGACACCUGAUCGCAUUUGAGCUAACCGUGCGAGUGAUACGCGAGCUGCAUGACUGACGGGGGAUUUCAUGCAAUUUGUGACUCAUAUUCACGCUCUAACGUUGACGUUGCUUUAAAACCCCCUGCUUUAAGUCACACGUGAACGCCUUACAUCUAACAGGAUUCCUGUACAUGACUUCAUAAGACACUGGGAAGAUGGAUGAUUCUGGUCCGGCACAACCAUCCUUUUUUAGUAGGAUUUUUACCAGACUUGGUCAGAAAUACCAAGGUUGUUUGGAUGCAUGGACCCCAUACACUAUAGCGAGAUGGGUUGCUACUUUCUUGAUAUUUUUAUGUUACGCAUUUAGAGUUUAUUUUCUUAAGGGUUGGUACAUAGUCACAUAUGCAUUGGGAAUAUAUCAUCUAAAUUUAUUUAUAGCCUUUCUUUCACCCAAGAUUGAUCCAGCAAUGAUGGACGAUCCAGACGAUGGGCCAUCACUACCUACAAAAAUAAAUGAAGAGUUCAGACCUUUCAUUAGAAGAUUACCAGAAUUUAAAUUUUGGUAUUCUGCCACAAAAGCAAUUGUUGUAGCGUUUGGUUGUACAUUCUUUGAAUUAUUUAAUGUUCCAGUAUUUUGGCCAAUUUUGGUAGUUUAUUUCAUAACACUAUUUUGUAUAACAAUGAAGAGGCAAAUCAAGCACAUGAUCAAAUACAGAUACGUACCUUUUUCACAUGGGAAGACGAAAUAUAAAGGCAAAGAGGACAGUGGCUCAGUCGUCAAAAGUGCAGAGCAAAAUUGAUAAGAAAAGCCACAGAUUUUGAACCGAUUGUAUGAAAAAUCAACAAAAGUUUGAUACGUUGAUGAUGAAAGGUGGUCCAAAAUGGUGCUGUGACUACAAUUAUAUUGGCACAGGAUCGCCAUACCGUCGAUGUGACGUGCAGAAAGCCAUCAGACACAUUGACGGUCGCUGUACCAAAACCCCCAAGUACGACAGUGCUUUUUCAGGCAAUACGGUUCAUAUCUUCACAUACAUGUACGACUUUUAGCAUAUUUUAUUUAUUUUAAAUCAAACACUUGAUUCAUAAUGUGAUUGGCUAAGCUAUGUAUGACAUCAUAGAGCAUUUCCCCAAAUGCAUGAAAUUUACGGAAAAAAAUGUAUGACAUCAUAGAGCAUUUCCCCAAAUGCAUGAAAUUUACGAAAAAAAAUGUUCUCACUUUGAAAGCCAAUGUCAGUUACAGACACCUUUUCAACCUUAAAAAAGCUGUGUCACUUUCUCCAUACACCGAAUGAGUUGAUCAAAAACAAUCAACAGUAUCACAUUCUUUCCAAAAUAGAAUAGAAGUUUUAAAGAGGGAAAAUAUUACACCAACAUUUUGGUGAGAAAAAAUUCUUCAAAAAGUGUCAUUCAAGUAAAAUUAAAAUGCUUGAAAUCAUGUGUGCGCUUAUAUCAAAUGAAAUGAAGUAAAUCUUUUCCUCCUUCAUGAUUUCCUUCUAUUUUACUGCAGACAGCCUGCACAUUUAU